AUGAAAGUAUUUACCGCUCUCUUCGCUGUCGCCUGUGCUCUUUCUGCUGUCUAUGCAAUUCCUGUAGAGGAGCGAGCUGCCGCUCCUACGGAUGCAAUUUUCCUUCGUCCCGCCAGGCGUGCACAAGUUGCUCGAGGAGUAUCGCCUAUCGAUGCAGUAUUCCUAGCACCCGCCACUGUCGAGAGAAGGGCAUCGCCCACGGACGCCAUCUUCUUACGCCCCGCAGAGAGACGUGCCGCAGAAGAGACGUCGCCUGUAGAUGCUGUCUUCCUGCGUCCCCGCGAGCGGCGUGACGAAGCACAUCCAGUAUCGCCUACUGAUGCAGUAUUCCUGUCUCCUGCUUAGUUGUUGGACCCAUUGAUCAUAGACGGACGUGCGUAUGUCCGCGUUACAUGCGCAUAUGCCCGAAGAGGGAACCCAUUAGUGGAGGUUCCAGAAUCAUCAUCAUGUUUGUGUUGCUACUGCCGUUGAGCACCCCCCGAAUUCAAAGUUGUCGUUGAGAGAAGUCCGGACGCUUCGGAUUGUAUUUGCGGGCAUGUUUCGGUUUGACUGUUGGGUUCUAGCCGUGUACCUGUGUCUUGAUAAGAUGUCACCCCCGGUCCCACUUGUGAAUGUAUCAUUUCCGUAAUAUGUUUGUACUGUGACCCCAUUGAUAGUAAUGGGUAGAAACCACUGUUCUGUGCCUCUGAGAGUGUGGUAUACAUCGCUCUUUGUUUGUCUGAAUUCAGAAAACGGGACAUCGGG